AAUGGCACUAAUUUUCUUUAAGCAGUCUAGAUUUUAUACUUUUGCCUCCCACUGGAGGUAUUUAUUUAGACCCAAUGGCCUUUCAGGAAAUUCUGGAUCAAGUUGGAAGCCUGGGAAGAUUCCAGAUCCUUCAAGUGGCUUUUCUUAUGAUAUGUAAUUUCUUGGCCUUCAUUCAUGUUCUAUUGGAGAACUUCACGGCAGCCGUGCCUGAGCACCGCUGCUGGGUGCACAUCCUCGACAAUGACACGCUCUCUGACAAUGGCACUGGGCUCCUCAGCCAGGAGGACCUGCUGAGAAUCUCCAUCCCACUCGACUCCAACCUCAGGCCAGAGAAGUGCCGGCGCUUUGUCCAUCCCCAAUGGCAGCUCCUCCACUUGAACAGCACCUUCUGGAACCUGAGUGAGGCAGCAACAGAGCCCUGUGUGGACGGCUGGGUGUAUGACCGCAACUCCUUCAUCUCCACCAUCGUGACCAAGUGGGACCUGGUGUGUGAAUUUCAGUCACUAACUUCAAUAAGUAAAUUCAUAUUGACACUUGGGAUUUUUUUGGGAAACACGCUAUGUGGCCAUUUAACAGACAGGUUUGGAAGGAGGCUGAUUAUCAUCAUCUGUGUGCUGAAUUUGGCCAUUGCUGACACAUGCGCAGCCUUUGUUCCCACCUUCCUCCUUUACUGUGUCUUGCGCUCUCUGGCUGGUCUGUCCAUCACAGUCAUCCUAACAAACAGUACGGUGCUCAGUGUAGAAUGGACAGGACGCAAAUUCCAAGCCAUGGCGGUGCUCUUAUUAUUAUGUUCAUUUGGCUUAGGACUAGUGUUGUUGGGAGGCCUGGCUUAUUUUGUUCGAAAUUGGCAGAACCUUCAGCUUGCGCUGUCUAUACCUGUCUUCUUCUUACUUCCAUUCACAAGGUGUCUGGCAGAGUCUGCUCGGUGGCUGAUUAGCACCAACAAACCCCAGGAAGCCUUAAAGGAGCUGUGGAGAGUUGCCCGCAUAAAUGGAAUGAAGAAUUAUAGAGACACGCUAACUGUGGAGGUGAGUGAGAUGGCUGUUGGUUAUAAGACACAGGGAAGACAUAGCCCAACAUGUGUACUCCUUAGUGACAAAGAUGAACUAAAAGCGUUGGACAUGUAUAUUCUUAUUUGA